AGAGAAGGAGAAGGCUAUGUUCUGUAUUACAGUUGUGUACAUUUGCAUUUUUUGUACUGUGGAGCCCGGAUGGAAGGUGGUAUUUAAAUUUAAUGCAUCAUGGUGAUAAUAUAUAAUUUGUGUGGCUUGACAAGAGGUAACCCAUCUGUGCGGAGAAUUAUCGUAUGUACUUAAAAGCUGAAGUAAGGAUUUUGACAGGUGUCAUCCCCUCCCUCCCCACCUGCUGGAUUGUGCCGUGAUGAGCCUUUGAAUUGAAUUUCCACUUCAGGUCAACUGCUAAAAGUAAAGGAGAUCUGCUGAAGCUGCAGGAGAGUGACCUUGGCUUUUUUCCUGCGGGGUGGUUGGGAAGGGAGAACAUAUGAGUGUUGAGGUAAGAGUUGAGGGGUGCAGCUCAUCACCACCUGGGUCGCUUCAUGCUUCAUUUUAUUUUAUCUCUAUGACACCUUUCACUCACACGAGUCACAAAGAGGCUUACAAACAAUAAAUAACAAAAGCAUAAUAGAACAUCACAAAGUUUGACUUUAUAGUCACCGUUGCUGUGUCCCUUGAAUCUAUUGUGGAAACCUAACUGCAUUUUAUUUAUUUAGCAGGAUUUAUGUACUGCAUAAUCCUCAAAAUUCCUUUGGCGAUUUACAUAAAAAUGAAUUCUGUAUGAUAGUGUAGGAAAAGUAAUCUGGUGUGUCUUCACUCUGCACACAGUAUUUCCACCUUUGCUGUCUUUGGUGGCUGUGUUGUUUUGACUGGAAUUGACAGACUCAAAGAAAACAUUCAACUUAGAUUUCUCUUAUCAAAAUUGCAAUAAUUCUCUUAGCUAAAGAGUGGUAAAAUGGCCUAGUGAGAACAGGAGAGGGAAGUCAGAGGUUAGGAGAUAAAACACCCAGUCAUAUAUAUAAUGCAGAGCUUUCCAAACUUUUCAUGUUGGUGACACACUUUUUAGACAUGCAUCAUUUCGUGACACAGUAAUUCAGUUUUACUAGCAAACGAGGUUAAACCAACCCCUUUCCAGCCCCAGGAGAAGUUUGGGGAAUGUUUGCGCGACACACUGCAGCCAACGCUAACGUGUCGUGAGACAGUGUUUGGAAAGCUCUGAUAUAAUGUAUCAUUGUUUUGAAACAUUGUCUCCAGUGGAGUUUAGUAGUUCACUUAAUUGCAAAAUCAUGGUAAUACAGGACAAUUAGUUGGGUGACCACACCCUGAAAAACUAGUUCCACUACCAACUUUUAGUUAGUGGAAAAGGAUAGUGUGGAAUAUUUAGUUUCUUAAUGAUGCAGUGAGUAUAAAGCUGUAUUUCAACUGUACAUCUAAGAGUUUGUGGCCUUUGACUUGUCAGAAUGGUCAGAGGAGAAGGGUUCUGAACAGUAACAUGCAGCUAUGAACAUUUGCAAGUUGGUGAUAUGCAUGAUUAGUGAUGUUAAAUUCUUGAGAAUAAUCUUUUGGAGAAUAUUCUUGAGAAUACUCUCCAAAAGAUUAUUCUCGAGAAUUUAAAAUCACUGUGAAUGAACAUAAUACUAAUACAACUGCACCCUUGUUUAAUUAGAAUAAAACUGCAUUAUUAAUCCCAUUUACUUGAGAAUAAACCCCAUUGAAAUCAAUAGGACUUACUUCUGAGUAGACACGGUAAUGAAAGAGCUAAAACAUUGUAUUAUUGAUUUCUGAAGAGCAGAAACGGCAAUAUUUAAAAACUUUUUAUUUCUCUUUCACUGUUAAAGUAUGUAUAUUUUUUCCAUACAAUGUGUGAUUGCAAUGCUUUGUUCUAGACUUCACAACUCUUUUUCCAACUUUUUUACUCAAGAAACUGGGUAUUUGUACUAGACAAACAUUCCAUGGGGUUUGCUCUAAAUCCUUAAUAUGUUAUACAUCUUGCUCUUUUCAGGCACUUGAAACUUCUAUCAUAUGAGUCAGUUAUGUGAGCAGUUCAGGAAUGGAUGAAACUGCUGAUUGUAUGAAGAUGGAGGCUGGAGACUAUGGGCUAGCUAAUCACACUUCUGUGUUCAAGACUCUUCCUCUACAGCAGAACGCUCUCUCAGGAGAUCAACUUCCAUUGUCUGGCAACAAGUUUUCAUCAAACAAGUUUGAUCAUCUGGAGAGGCCUUUUACUUGUCCGACUGGAAAUACUUCCUGCAGUUUCGGCUACUAUUCAGGACCGCCAUCCCCUGAGAGGUAUCAAGCAGCAGGAGUGCAAAGACCAUUUGGAACAAGUGCUAAUGGGCAGUGGAGGAACUGUGAUUCUACCCUGGGUCCCGUUUUACAGAAGCCUAGAGCAAACCGCAGCGUAUAUUUUGAUGCACGCAAAAGUCAAAGUACGACAUCAAAUUCCUUUGCAGGGAAAUCAAAUCACCAUUGCCAUAUUUCUGCAUUUGAAAAAUCCUUUCCAAUUAAGUCUGUUACUAGUCCAUCAUGGAGUGCUCAAUGUCGUCGGAGCUUACUAAGUCCCAAGAAAUCCCAAAGGAGAUCCAUCAGCACCGCAGAAGAGACAGUUCGAGAGGAAGAAAAAGAGAUUUACAGGCAACUGAUUCAAAUGGUUACAGGGAAGAAAUGCUCAGUCUCAAAGUCCUCUUCAUUGUUGUCUCUCAACCUACCCAGAUGCGCAGGUCCCAAUAAAAACCUUGUGAAAGAAGCUGAAAAUCAGAGUAGGAAACCUUUUGAAGCUUAUUGCCCCACCGCAGGCAACCAAUCAUCUGGUGUUCUCAGGACUCAGGAGCAACACUCGCACAAACCACUGCCACAUCCAGUCCAUAAUUUCCCUUCACGUGUUACCUUUGAGCCCAAGGACACCAAUACAGCAGCUCGGCAAAAUAGUGUGUCAGCAUUGGAUUUGCAUGCUGAAGGAUCUGACUCUGUCAUAAUGCUCAAUGGCCAAGACUUCAAAUCUCCAGCACCAAGCACACCUUUCUUUGAGGCUGAAUUGUGGAUCAAAGAAUUAACCAGCGUAUAUGAUUCCCGAGCCCGUGAGAGAUGGCGACAGAUAGAAGAGCAAAAAGCUUUGGCAUUGCAAUUGCAGAAGCAGAGGCUGCAGAAACAGGAGUUUUUGGUACCUGAUUCAGUCAACUUACAUUUGCGAGUACCUCUCGAGAAGGAGAUUCCUGUCACGAUUGUGCCAGAAGAAAAGAAGACCACUGAUGGGGAGGAAGAGUUCCCUGAAAUUACAGAGGAAAUGGAGAGGGAAAUAAAGAGUGUACUACGAAGCGGGAACCAGGAUGAGGUGCUGAGCGAAGCCUUCCGGUUGACAAUAACUAGGAAAGAUAUUCAGACUCUUAACCACCUCAAUUGGCUCAAUGAUGAGAUAAUUAACUUCUACAUGAAUAUGCUAAUGGAAAGAAGUAAACAGAGGGGCUUUCCAACGGUUCAUGCAUUCAACACAUUUUUCUUCACCAAGUUAAAAACUGCUGGGUACCAAGCUGUGAAGCGUUGGACUAAAAAAGUGGAUGUAUUUUCUGUUGACAUCCUGCUGGUGCCUAUUCACCUUGGUGUCCACUGGUGCCUAGCAGUUAUUGACUUCAGGAAAAAAAGCAUCACCUACUACGAUUCAAUGGGAGGAACCAACACUGAAGCUUGCAAGAUAUUGUUGCAGUACCUAAAGCAGGAAAGCUUAGACAAAAAGCGGAAGGAAUUUGAUACCAAUGGCUGGGUGCAGCAGAGUAAACGGAGCCAGGAGAUUCCUCAACAGAUGAAUGGAAGUGACUGUGGGAUGUUUGCCUGUAAAUAUGCUGACUGCAUUACCAAAGACAAACCAAUCAAUUUCACUCAGCAACAUAUGCCUUACUUCCGAAAACGGAUGGUCUGGGAGAUCCUCCAUCGCAAGCUGCUGUGAUUUCAUGCGAAAUGCAAGCCCCUUCAGAGACUGCAAACCCAGGCUAUUGCCCUUCUUGGCCAUUUCCGAAGUGGGCUGCAUGGGUUUCCUGCUGAAGCUUAAAGACUGUGUACAAUACAUUUUGUGUGGUUUUCUUUUUAAAAAAAUAAAAAUAAAAAAUAAAUGAAUUAUAUUUCGUGGAGCAGUGUGCCAUGGAACUUUUUCAGAAGCACACUUGCCUUUUUCUCUCUUGGAACCCUGUUUUUUUAACAAGUGACAUUUGGAGAUGCUGAGGAGUACUGACUUUCACCUUCAGUGAGUUUUCCUCUUUUUACAGUCUCAGUCCUUUCGAAAUGGCCAGCUUCUGCAAACAACUUGAAACCUUCCAGGCUUCAACUGUGUGGGGCACUUGUACUAUUGUAUUGCAUUUACCAAGACAUGGAGAAAAAUGGCUUUCAUGGCAUUCAGUAAGGGCAGUGCUACAUGUUACAAUUACUGCAGGUGGUCUUCUGCAGCAAAUAAAGUCAUGUGGAGGUACAACAUGCAUGUACAUAUGUGUCUGGGGAAACCUGAUUGUAUAUAUGUGUGUGUGUGUUUCUAUAAGUUGCAGAAGAGAACAUGGCUACCCCACAGCAGUCAUGACAUGUUGCAUUGCCCUUAGUUCUUUGGUUAUUAGGUGGAAAUAAAAUUGCCUGAGAAUGGAAGCUCUGAUAGACACCAGCACAUGAGAAGCAGCUUGCUACAACAUUUUCCAUCAUGACUGUGACCUUCUCUUCAGUUCUGUAGGAUGAGAUGGUAAAUGAAAGAUGAACAAUGCCUUUUUUUUUGAUGCUCGAGCAGAGGAUCUUCCUAGCAUUUUAAAUCUAUUUCUUCUAGUGAAUUCUUUUCUAACUCAGAAUCCGGAAGCAGCUGCCCACCUGUUGGAAAGAUGAGUCAUGUGUUGGCAGAGGCACCCUGCACUGAGAGCCUUCGUUUUAGGUGCCUCCUCUAUGACCUCAUCACACAGUCAUGCUGUGUGGAUGGAAUCUGAAGCAGAGAGAAAGGGUAGAGCUUUGGGUUGUGAGGCACUUCUGGGGCCCUGUGCCCAAAUGCCUGGGGUCAGACCCUAUAAAAUCCAGCAUCUCUCCCCAUUGACCUGUUAUCAGAAUUUAAGGAAAUCCUGACAUUAGGAAGGACUGUUACAUUGCAUUCUUGAUACAGAAUAGGAUUUGCAAGCCAACUUAAGCAGCUACAUGCUUGAUGGAAUGCUUAUCUGACAAGAGGAUGGAACAGUUAUUGAUCGUCAAACCCUUUGUAGAAUUUAGGUACAAUAUGAUGUUUAAAGCUUUUUUUAUAAUAAUUGGUAAGCUGUUUUGAUACCAUAUAUAUAUUUAUAAACUUUUCUCAAUGGUGCAGCAGUGAACAAAUAAGUGUCUGGGUUUUAAGCUCUUUUAUGUUUCCGUUUAAAACUCCUAUAGCUGAAUUGAAAUCCUGACCUUUCCCCCCCUCCUGCCCUCCACUUUCUGCUUCUGUUCCAGAUAGCCAUUAAUGAUGGCAAGUGGAGGACCUCUUCCACUGAGAUGCUUCCUCUUCAAAUCCUGCUUUUAUGUGCUAAUGCAGGAUAAUAUACAGAAUCUGUUUAGUUUCUCUCUGAAACAAAUGUAAGUGGCAUUGCCAGCUGCAGCUUGAGAUUUAGCAGCAGGCAGAGAGAUCUUUUACAGAGCCCAAAGCACUUUGAGUCUCACUGAUUGAUGUAACUUCUAGUUCAGUAUGAGAGGGACUCUAUAAACUCUGGUUCACUCAAAGAUCUCCAAUGCCACUGGCCCAUAUCACAGCCCACUGUGUGCAACUUCUCUGCAGCCAUUUGUUUCAGUGGAGGCCCGCUGUAAGCUCCACUUAUUCUGUGACGGCCAAACUCGGCCCUCCAGCUGUUUUGGGACUACAAUUCCCACCAUCCCUGACCACUGGUCCUGUUAGCUAGGGAUGAUAGGAGUUGUAGUCCAAAAACAGCUGGAGGGCCAAGUUUGGCCAUCACUGACUUAUAUUAAUGGACAUCAGCAGAUGUGCUUGGUAUCUGUACCUGCUGAGGCCAACAAAGGUGAGAUGCAGUUGGAAUUCAGGUGCAAAUUAUGUAGGACUACUUACUAAGUUCACAUGCCACACAUACCUCUUGAUGUACCAUUUUUUUUAAUUCUAAAGAAUAAAGCAAUGUCCUCUUGUAUUUUUGCCAUCAGAUAGGGAACAUUUUAUAUAUUCUUUACCUGUAAACAAUAGUUUUGUACAAAUUUCAUUGCACUUCCUUAAGUCGUGCUCUUCCUAGACAAGUUUGUACCUUUUUUCCUCUAUCUGUGGUUUUUUUUAUACCAGGCUCUUUGGUGACCCUUUUUCUAUGUUUUUUUCCAAGUGAUCUGAAAUUCUGUAUUUUUUUUGUAAUGUGUUAUUCUUAAAUAAACCCAGCUGUUGAAAUAAUAAUUA